AUCCGACCCAAAAUUUUGUUCUGGGUUGACGCUGGUUCUUCUUACGAUUUCACUACAAAAAUGACAUACUACCCAACGUGUCAAAAUUACAUUCCAAACGUUUGCCCACUCACUUGCGCAAACGUACGUGGGAAGUGUCCCUCCGUAGAACCACAAAAAGGCGAAGUCCGGGUUACAAGUAAUAGCGGUCUGAAUCUCAACCCGUUUACGGAAUCUGGCAAUACGGCGGGUUGUUACAAUCCGAAAGAUCCGACGCAAUACAAAUGGACUUAUCAUGCAGGCGGGUCGUCUGGAACAGAUUCAUUUUACCUAGCGUCUCCUAAGACAGAUCGUCAAGAAUACUUAGUGACGAUUUGUAAAUCCCAACCGACGAUUUUUUUCAAAGUUAAAGCUGGUUUUUCUUACGAUUUCACGACAAUGAUGACGUACUACCCGAAGUGUCAAUAUUACGUUCCAAAUGUUUGCCCACUUACGUGCGCACACGUUAGUGGUUCAUGUCCCUCCGUGGAACCACAAAAAGGCCAAGUUCGGGUUACUGGCAAUAGCGGUCUGAAUCUAAACCCGUAUACGGAAUCCGGCAACACGUUGGGGUGUUACAAUCCGAAGGAUCCUUUUGAACAAUAUAAAUGGACUUAUCACGCAGGUGGAUCAUCUGGAACUGAUACAUUUUACCUUGCCUCACCCGGGUACGACCAUCAGCAGUACAAAGUAGUGAUAGGUUAAUUAGUCACUCAGUGGUG